CUCCCCCCAAUUAAUCAACUCCCCGCCAUGGCUUUCUCAGGUUCUUCGCAGUCAUGGUUUGCCACCGCCCUGGCUCUCUUAUCUUUCUUCUCUCUUCUCCUCCCAGCCAACGCCCUCUACUUCUACGUUGAUGGCCGCCAAACUAAGUGCUUCUUCGAGGACCUCCCGAAGGACACCCUGGUAGCGGGCAAGUUCGACACUGAGGUCAUCAACUCCCAAAGCAACACAUAUUCCGUCGACACCAGCCUGAAGAUGCUCAUCACCGUCGAAGAGACAUUCGACAACGACCACCGCGUUGUGUCAAAGCGCGAAAACAAUUCCGGCCGCUUCACAUUCUCUGCUGCCGACGCCGGCCAACACCGUAUCUGUUUCACAGCCGAGACCGACGCUUCUACCAGCGGCUGGCUGUCUAGCGCCCAGGGAGCCGUCAGGGUGUCACUGGACAUUGCCAUUGGCGAGACCAGCAAGAUCGAAACUGAGGACAAGGAUAAGAUGAAGGAUAUUGUCCAGCGUGUCCGCGAUCUGAACAGCCGCUUGCAUGAUAUUCGUCGUGAACAAGUCUACCAGCGUGAACGUGAGGCGGAAUUCCGUGACCAGUCUGAGACUACCAAUUCCCGUGUUGUUCGUUGGACCUUGUGCCAGCUUGCGGUCUUGUCUGCUGCGUGCGCCUGGCAGCUUUCGCAUUUGCGGUCGUUCUUCAUCAAGCAGAAGUUGACUUGA